UCUCUAUAUAAGACCCUGUAAUUGCAAUGCAUGGGAAACAUAUCACCAUCAAACACAAUGCCUCAACUCUCUAGCUCAAGCCUUCCCCCCACCAUGGCCACCUUCUCAGUGACCAAAUCGGACCCGGUUUGGGUCCGGCCAGCUCGAGAUACGCCCUCCGGUGUGCUUGAGUUCUCGAGAAUUGAUAGCCAACCCGCUUUCCGAUUCUUGGUGAAAACCAUACAUGUUUAUAAGUAUGGUGAAGAGGCAGCAAAGAAGAUCAGGGAGGCCUUAGCUGAGCUCCUAGUGCCGUACUACCAGUUCUCCGGGAGAUUGACCACGAGCGGUGAAGACGGACGCCUUAGAUUGCUUUGCACUGGAGAGGGCGCCGGUUUUGUUGAGGGUGUUGCAAAUUUCCGGCUUGAGGAUAUCGAUUAUCUUGAUAAAUUGGCAUCUGAUGAGCUAUAUCAUCUCAUUUAUGGUGACCCAAAGGAAAUUGACAUGACUCCUGUUGCUCUCAUUCAGGUCACUGAUUUCCAAUGCGGAGGCUUUGUGAUCGGUCUGCAACUGAGCCACUGCCUUGUCGAUGGAAUUGGCGGCGUCCAAUUCCUCUCGGCUCUAGCCGAAAUGGUUAAAGGAGCCGACUCCCCCUCUGUAGAGCCAGUUUGGAGCCGCCACUUACUUGGCUCAGCUCCACCAGCAGAGCCCAUCGACCCAAGCCGACCACCCCUAGUUUUCCCUGACUAUCGGCUCGAGCCAGUAUCCUUUGACAUCUCGGCUCAAGCCAUAAGCCGCAUAAAACAAGCUUGCUUUGAAAAAACAGGCAAGCCUUGCUCUUCCUUUGAGGCCCUAGCAGCCGAGGCUUGGCGGUUACGUAGCCAAGCCAUCGACUUAGAACCUGAUCAAGAGACAACCCUUGUCUUCAUAGCCGGCUGCCGCCACCUCAUGGACCCACCAUUGCCCAAGGGGUAUUUUGGGAAUUGUUUCUUUCCGGUGAGGGCAAAAGCAUCGGGAGAGCAAAUGCUUGAAGCCUCUGACGUGGACGUGGUGACGUGGAUUCAAGAGGCAAAAGAGAGGCUCCCUAGAGAGUUUAGGGCGUGGCUCGAGGGGCCCACAAAUGGUGAAGACGUGGAAGACCCCUUCCAAUUAUCUUUUUCUUAUAAUAAUUUGUUUUUGACUGAGUGGAAUAGGCUUGGAUUUAGACACGUGGACUUCGGGUGGGGCACAGCUGUACACGUGUUGCCCAUCCCAGCGUCCUACGUGAUCCCGGCUGGUGUGGUUGUGGCCCCGCCUGAGCCCAAAAAAGGAACACGGUUGGGGAUUUGGUGUGUGACUAGGGCACACGGAGAGGCCUUUCUUGAAGAGAUGAAAAGCUUGACUUCAGCUUAAGUAAUCUCUGUGUAAUUAAGGAAAGUAUGCUGCAAGAAAGUUACUUUAAUCAUCUCUAACUAUCAGAUAUGAAAUUGGACGGCUUGGGGUGUACCAAUAAUUACUUUCAAAAUUUGAUAAAAUCAUCUUUAGAAUUCA